AUGGCUCCCUCCCUCCACUUGGUCCUUCUUCUCUCCAUCUUGCUGAGCUUGGUGGAGACUCCAGCUUCUGCUCCUGCCCACCAGGGCCAAGGAGGGUGGACGCUCAAUAGUGCUGGCUACCUCCUGGGUCCUGCCCUUCACCUUUCCUUGGCUGACAAGCAAGACAGGAGGAAGGAAGCAGCUCUGGAGAUCCUAGACCUGUGGAGGGUCCUCAAUGGACUCCCCUAUUCCCGCUCCCAGCGGGCCCCCAAGAAGAGUCUGGUGGAGACUUUUGCCAAACCAGAGAACAGAGGUCUGGGCAUGCUUGGCGAGUAA